GCACCCGCAGCUGCUAGGAGUGGGGUGGGGUCUGCCGGGAGAGCAUUCCCGGCGGGUCCCGGCCUCGCGCGCGCACUUGUUUGCCUGCUCGCGCACGCGGUCCUGGCGCAGCCGUAAAGCUGCUGAUCAGGGAGCUCCUUAUGUAGCAGCUUGCCGAACUCCUGCAUUUUACCCUGACCCGGGACGUGCUGAACGUGACCUUCAGACUGAAGAAAUAAAGGUCUAAAAAGGCUUGUCAGAAUCCAACAUGCCAAAAGAAGAGUUUGGAAAUAUAGGAAAGGAAUAAUGCUGUCAGCAUGUCUGCACACUCCAUGCUCUGUGAACGAAUCGCCAUAGCCAAGGAACUGAUCAAGAGAGCAGAAUCACUUUCUAGAUCAAGAAAAGGUGGCAUAGAAGGUGGCGCCAAGCUGUGCAGCAAAUUGAAGGCAGAGUUAAAAUUCUUACAGAAAGUAGAAGCCGGGAAAGUAGCGAUUAAGGAAUCCCAUCUACAGAGCACUAACCUAACACACCUAAGAGCCAUCGUGGAAUCAGCAGAAAACUUGGAAGAAGUUGUUAGUGUUCUUCAUGUCUUUGGUUACACAGAUACCGUGGGAGAAAAGCAGACCCUUGUGGUGGAUGUGGUUGCAAAUGGUGGUCACACGUGGGUGAAAGCCAUUGGCCGAAAGGCUGAAGCUCUUCAUAACAUCUGGCUGGGCAGGGGCCAGUAUGGUGACAAAAGUAUCAUUGAGCAGGCUGAAGACUUCCUCCAGGCCAGUCACCAGCAGCCAGUGCAGUACAGCAACCCUCACAUCAUCUUUGCAUUUUACAACAGCGUCUCCAGCCCCAUGGCAGAGAAGCUCAAAGAAAUGGGCAUUUCUGUGAGAGGAGACAUAGUAGCCGUUAACUCUCUGUUAGAUCACCCAGAAGAGCUCCAGCCCAGCAAGAGUGAGUCAGACGAUGAGGGCCCUGAGCUUUUGCAGGUGACCCAAGUGGACCGAGAAAAUAUUCUAGCAAGUGUUGCCUUUCCAACGGAAAUUAAGGUCGAUGUGUGCAAAAGAGUGAAUCUGGACAUUACGACUUUAAUCACAUACGUAUCUGCCCUCAGCUAUGGAGGCUGCCACUUUGUCUUCAAAGAGAAAGUGCUUACGGAGCAAGCAGAGCAGGAGAGGAAGGAGCAGGUUUUGCCACAGCUGGAGGCGUUUAUGAAGGACAAGGAGUUGUUUGCCUGUCAUUCGGCUGUCAAAGACUUUCAGUCUAUUCUAGAUACCUUAGGAGGACCUGGGGAGAGAGAGCGGGCCACUAUGCUGAUUAAGCGAAUUAAUGUGGUGCCCGACCAGCCUUCUGAGCGUGCCUUGAGACUGGUGGCCAGUUCAAAAAUCAAUAGCCGCUCGCUAACAAUUUUUGGGACAGGAGACACUCUAAAAGCCAUCACGAUGACUGCCAAUAGUGGUUUUGUCAGAGCUGCCAACAACCAGGGUGUUAAGUUUAGUGUGUUUAUCCAUCAGCCUAGAGCACUUACUGAGAGCAAAGAGGCUCUCGCCACCCCUUUACCAAAAGACUACACAACUGCAGUGAACACUGAUGAUACCCUUUAAAUAUUGUCUUGGAAAUAAGUUAUUGAUACCAAAGG